GAGCUUCUUUGCUACUUCCUUCCAAUUGAGCAAAGGGAAAACACAACAACAAAAUUAUUGCUCUCAAAGUUUGGUUAAAAAAAGAUCUAUGGUAUGCUGUCUUACCUGCAUGUUAUAGACCUUCAAAUUGAGUAAUGGCACCAAGAGUUUCAAGUUUGCAAGCAGCCCAGAAAGCAGUGAACUCAAUUGGGUUGGGUUUUGACAUAACACAAGACAUAAAUUUUGACAACUGCAAGAGGGGUUCAAAGUUGAUCCUGGUCAAUGAAGAACUAUGUCGUCAUCUGGAGAUUCCUGGAGGAGUUUCAAUUCCAAAUGUUCCAAACUCUAUUAAAUGUGUAAGAGGGGAAUCAAUUAGAAUCCAGUCAGAAGCUCUCACCUUGCAACAGAUGUUGGAGCACUUCAAUCAGCAAAUGUGCUUGGUAGGCAAAACUGCAUCUGGUCAUUUCUGUGCUUCAUUUGGGUUAUCUGGUCGAUGUAUAAAAGGUUUGGCUUCUAUCAAGUCUCUUGCUUAUGAUGGAUGGUUCAUCAAACGCUAUGCCAUUGAAUUAGAAAGGUAUCAUGGUGAACUCCAUGAGCAUGUCAAAGAAGCAGUGCCAUCAUCAUGGGACCCUGAGGCCUUGGCAAGGUUUAUAGAGCGUUUUGGAACUCAUGUAAUAGUUGGAGUGAGCAUGGGAGCAAAGGAUGUGUUAUAUGUUAGACAGGAGGAUACAUCAUAUCUCCAUCCAACUAGUAUACAAAAACUUUUGAAGGAUACAGCCAACAUGAAGUUCAUGGAUUCUGCAGAAAAUCAUUGCCUGGCUUCUGAAGACUUAUGUAACCAAAAAGAGGGUUUGCAGAAUCUUUUUGUAAUACACUGUAGGAGGGGUGGAAGCAUUCAAAAGAUGUAUCAUAGUGAAUGGUUGGAUACUAUAGACUCAGAACCUGAUGUCAUAUCAAUGUUUCUUCUCCCUCUGACAUCCCUCUUAAAAAGUAUCCGCGGAAGUGGAUUUGUGAGCCAUGCCAUAAAUCUCUAUCUUCGUUACAAACCUCCAAUUGAAGACCUCCAUCAAUUUUUCGAGUUUCAGCUACCAAGACAAUGGGCUCCUGUACUUAGAGAGAUACGUCUUGGUUCUCAUUGGAAGCAACAAGUGAAUACCUGGCUACGAUUUAGUUUCUUGGGUCCUAAGCUUUACAUAAAUACAAUUCCAGUAGAUGUAGGUAAUAGACCAGUAAUUGGCCUGAGACUACAAUUGGAAGGGAGAAGAAGCAACCGGUUGGCUAUUCACCUGCAGCAUCUGGCUUCUCUACCCAAGUCCUUACCACUUUCAGACAAUGCAAAUGCUUAUUUGUCUUGUGACUCAUAUCACUGCAACUUGCACAAGAAAGUUAAAUGGAACUGCUUUUCUUAUGUCUGUACAGCACUUGUUGAAUCAGAUGAUAGUCUUUCAAUUGUCACAGGAGCUCAGUUACAAGUUGAAAAGAAAUGUCUCCUUUUAAGGCUUCGCUUCUCUAAAGUUAUUGGUGCCACUCUGCAGAAGCCACCUGAGUGGGAUCAAUCCUCUAGUCUUGGCCAGUUUAGCAGCAAGAGUGGGGGCAUCUUUGCAUUUAUUUCCAAAGAGGGACAGAGGGGUCAUCCAAAGCCUGGUGAUAAAACCAUUGGUUCUACUACAUAUUCUACUGCACGUCCUGCACCAGUGCACACACCUAAACUUCAAAGGUUUGUGGACACAACAGAAAUGAUUAGAGGACCAGAAGAUACUCCGGGAUAUUGGGUUGUGUCCGGAGCAAGGCUUUCUGUCCAGAAUGGGAAAAUACACCUCCUUGUUAAGUACUCACUAUUGAGCUUUGUUAUGCAAAGUUGUUGAGAUAUAUAGUCUCACAUUGAUUGUAUGUGCAACUAAUGUAGAGUUUAUAAGACCUUGGGCACUCUCACCCUUUGAGCUAGCUUUUGGGGUGGUGUAUCCCAAGGUUCUUUACAUGGUAUCAGAGCCAGGUUCCGAUCCUAGGACCUGUGGGUUAUGGGCCCACCACGCUUACCCACCACGCUUACAUGCCCAAAGAACUUUGUGGAUACACUAUCCCAAAAGCUAGCUCAAAGGGUGAGAGUGCCCAAAACCUUAUAAACUCCACAUUAAUUGCACAUACAAUAUGGUACUAUAUAUCUCAACAAAAGUGAAACUGAAGCUUCAUAGCAGUUCUUUUCAACAAUUAGGAGACACUUUCAAUCUUCCAUGAUGUUACGCAGCAAUUAGUGCUAUCAAAGUUGAGAACUGUAUUGGAUUUUAUGGAAAAACACUUUACAUUCUUUAUAUGUUUAUCAGUUUAGUCCUAUUAUUUCCACACAACAAUUUAACGCAGUCUC